AUGCAAGCUUCGCCAUUGGCAAUUGCACGCGCGAUAAACUUGGAUGUCCAACAGCUGACAGCUCAGAGGCCACUGCGAGCCUCACCAUUGGAUAUUCCAUCCGCGAUGGAUUUCAACAGGCGGCCAAUGGCUCAGAAGCAAGUGCAAGCUCCGAUAUGCCCACGAUCAGGCGCGACGAUAUUCAGUGUACAGUCAACAGCUCAGCAAGCACAUUCCGACGCCACAGAACAUGGUGCAUCGCAUCGUGGCAACGAUGAGAACCGCACCCCAGCAAUGGCUUCGACCUUUCAGUCUCGUGGGACCAAUGCCGUCAGCAGCAAAGAUGGCAAAACACCAUUCGAGGCUAGGGCCAGCUGA